AUGGCUGGAGUGCAAUAAAAGAUCUUCAAUAAUUAAUUUGUUGUAAAAAAAAGGAUUUCGUCAGGUUCAUUCGGUGUAGUGUAUUAAGGAUUUGAUUUACGGUCAUCAGACCAUGUAGCAAUUAAAGUUGAAAAGCUAGAAGUGGAUGAAUUAUUAAGUUUAGAUAGAGAGGUUGAGUAAUUGUAUAUAAGAUAGAUUUAAAUAUUGAGAUUAGUUUAGGGAGUGCCCUAAGUUCCUAGACUGAAAUGGGCAGGAAAAGAUUAAGGAAAUAAUGUAAUGGUAAUUUAGCUGUUGGGUAGAGAUCUAACUCAUUAUAUGAGAUAGAGAAAGCGAUUCAGUUUACCUUGCGUUUUAGGAAUUGCAGAUUAGAUGCUAAAUAUACUUGAAAACAUUCACAAUAAGUACAUUUUCUAUUCAAGCCAGGGGUGUGAUUCAUAGAGACAUAAAACCAGAAAAUAUAUUGGUUGGAAAAGAGAAAGAAAAAAAUCAAAUAUACCUAGUUGACUUCGGUAUAGCAAAAUAAUUCAAAGAUAAAGAUGAUAAACAUCUGUAUUUAAUGCAAAUUAAUAUUAGUCCAUUCAAAGAUAAUAAGCCAUUCCUUGGAACUUCUAGAUAUGCAAGCAUAGCAGCACAUAAAGGAUAUGAAUUAUCUAGAAAAGAUGAUCUUGAAUCAUUAGGUUAUAUGUUAAUGUAAUAUUGAUACAUUAAAGAGAUUUUUAUUGAGAGGAAGUUUGCCGUGGUAAAAUGUAAAUUAUAAAAAUGAAGAAGAAAAAGUUAAAACAGUUGGAUUGAUGAAAAUGAGAAUUUCAGCAUAAGAAUUAUGCUAAGAUUUACCAAAUGAAUUUAUGAAAUUUAUAGAUUUAGUAAAGAAAAUGAGUUAUAGAGAAAAACCAGGCUAUAAGUAAAUUAAAAAUUGAAUAGAUAGAUAUUUUUAAUAAUUAUUUAGAAAGGUGGCCACUUAAUAAUAAGUUGAAUAUAGAUUUGAUUGGUUAGAUGAAAAUAAUUAAGAGAAAAAAUCUGGUUCUAUGUCCCCAAAAAAGUAAUAAUCAAUAAAAGUGAUGGAUUAACCACAUUUAAUAUAGUAAAUCUAUUCACCAAAGAAGAAAAAAUAAAGUGAAGAGUUUGAUGAUACAGGGCCGUCAAAGAGAGAGUCAAAUGGAAAAUUAUCAAUAGCAAAUAACUCAUAUAAUUUAUUACCAUGUGAGAGUAGAUUAAAUUUAAGACAUAAAAGCACAAGUUCAUUUAAUGAAUCUAAUUAAUAAUAUAGUGAUAUUCAACCAGAAGUGAGUUGUUUGAUAGCAUAUUAAAGAAAUGUAAGAUUUGGAUCAUUUCAUAAUGAAAUAAAUAAUACUCCAAAAUAAGCAGAAAGAAGUACAUCUGCGUAAAAUAAGAUUAGAGUUACACAUAAAUUGAGUUUGGAUGUCAAACCAAAUUGUUAUAAUUCCAUAGUAGAAUUACAAUUAGGAUUAAUGAAUAAUCCGUCAAUAUUAGAUUUUACAGUAAAGUAUUAGAAUCAAAUGAAUGAAGAUGAAAGUCCUUGUCUUGAUGAUAAAUUCAGUAUAUUACAAAAAGAUUCUAUAGAAAAGUAUAAAUUUAAUAAGUAAAUAAUUAGUUAAUUUAAAAACCCAAUCUAAUUAUUUAGAAUGAGUUACAAAGAUAAAACAAGAGUUAAAAAUAAUUGA